AUGAAAUGCGCCAAAAAGUGCAGUCAGAGUUGGAACACUGACUUGGAAAUUCCUCCACCAAAUAACGGAGACCAUGUAGAAGUUAGGUGUACUGUCAAGAAUAAGACUUACAGUAUAUACCAGAGCAAUGGAGAUGGGCGACCAUCAAGCAGUUAUGGAGUUCCAGGUCAGGGUGCUGGUAGUCCUGGAGGGUUUGGAGGUAAUGGAGGUGGAAGACCAUCAAGCAGCUAUGGAGCUCCAGGUCAAGGUGCUGGUAGUCCUGGAGGGUUUGGAGGUAAUGGAGGUGGAAGACCAUCAAGCAGUUAUGGUGCCCCUGGUGCCGGAGGAAACGGUGGUGGUCGACCUUCUAGCAGCUACGGUGCACCUGGUGCUGGAGGAAACGGAUUUGGAGGAGCAAGUGGUGGAAGACCAUCAAGCAGCUACGGCGCUCCCGGUCAAGGAGUUGGUAGUCCUGGAGGGUUUGGAGGUAAUGGAGGUGGAAGACCAUCAAGCAGUUAUGGUGCCCCUGGUGCCGGAGGAAACGGUGGUGGUCGACCUUCUAGCAGCUACGGUGCACCUGGUGCUGGAGGAAACGGAUUUGGAGGAGCAAGUGGUGGAAGACCAUCAAGCAGCUACGGCGCUCCCGGUCAAGGAGUUGGUGGGGCCAGUGGAUUAGGAGGAGGUGCUGGAAGGCCUUCAGGAAGUUACGGAGCACCCGGAGCAGGAGGUUCUGCAGGAUCUGGAGGCAGUGCAUCUGGAGGCUCGUACCUUCCCCCUUCACAGGGAGGUGGUCAAGGAGGAUUUGGAGGAGGAGCCCCUGGUGGUCAAGGAGGUGGAGCACCUUCUGGUUCAUACGGCGCACCCGGCGGAGGAGCACCAGGAGGCGGAGCACCAUCUGGAUCGUAUGGAAAGCCAUGAGCUGG